AUGGGUUUUCGGCAGACCAACCGUGUCGCGCGGCGCGCUUCCGGCGAUGGCGAAGACCGGCAGCUUGCCGGCUUCGGCAGCUACCGCUUCUCGUGUAACCGGGACGACGUAAAUACCAUUCUCUCCCGGCGGAUUUUGGCCUCGGGGUUGAGUGACAAGCUCCCCCUCUCACCUUCGCUGACCACACGAAGCAGCCAGAGCAGCCCAGCUUCAAUUAGCAGGAGCAGCCCAGCUUCAUCAUCAUCAUCAUCAGCAGCAGCAGCAGAGCAGCCCAGCUUCAUCAGCAGGCCGACCAGCUUCAAUCAGCAGCAGCAGAGCAGCCCAGCUUCGUCAUCAUCAUCAGCCGGCCGACCAGCUUCAUUCAGCAGCAGCAGAGCAGUCCAGCUUCAAUUAGCAGCAGCAGCAGACCGACCAAGCUUCACCAGCAGCAGCAGCCGGUUACAUGAUAUGCACUACCGCGUUAUUACGAAUGUCCUUUUAUUAGAACUACUAAGCUGCGAUCCUGCACGACAGUCAUACCAAGGACGAACUGACUACACCAGCGCCGUCCGCGUCGAUCCUCUCUCUCCUCAAGCGCCGACGCGCUCUUUACACAAGUACAGACAUCCAGGGAUCGACUGGACCUCGAACAUCGCUGUUCCAUCGGCCUACCUUCAAGCUGUCGCCUUGAAACCUGACAACGCUCCUUCAAAACUACACGACCGAACUACCACAAACGAUUAUCUGUAUAUACUUGUGCCAGAUUAUUUAAUAAAAUUUAGAUGCAAUAAUCAUCAUAUCUACCUGAAGUUGGGAGAAGAAAAGGAUGGCAAAAAGGAAAGUAUGGUCAGAACACGAGAGAAAAUUACUACUUCAUACAGCGAUAACGAACGAGCGCCGCUAACAGUAGGGUCACCAUCGACCAAUAAGGCCUGUAUAGGUCCACUGCUUCGGGUGCCCAUAUCAGAGAAGGCCAAAUCCGCCAACCCCACCACCCUGUCUCCCAAAUCCUCUAAUCCCUCUUUCGUCUUGCUGCAGCCGAAACAACUUUCGGACUGCUUCUAUUGCUGUCCUCUCACUGCCGGACAAGUUAUCCCGAUGUUCACUCGGUAUAACCCCCACCCCCACCCCUUAGAGACCGGUUCUACGGCCCCCUCAAAGGCUAGCAGCACUAAUUCGCUGUCUGACAGCCCAUAUACGACCUUCUUCUUCUGUAUGUUCAUCAACCAUCCCUGGAGAUCAGUCGGGCUCCCCUUAUAG